ACUAUAAACUUGCAUUAUACUAAUCAUGUACCUCAAUGACCUCUUCCCAAUAGUGAAGUUCCUGAGAAUGAAGAAGACUCUUCUGAAACAUCGAUGGGUCCUCUCCCCGGCGAUUACAGCCCCAUUCCAGAGGAUUCUCAGGCUGAAGAGAUGACAGUAGAGGAGGCUGAAACGACACAAGAGCUACAGUUCAGCAGUUUUACAGCAAGGGACUUUCGCCGGAUUAAGGUUUUAGGCAGAGGAAGCUUCGGCAAGGUUCUACUAGUAGAGUAUCUUCCAGCAAACAUCUAUUGCGCUAUUAAAGUGCUCAAGAAGGACAACAUCGACUCCACUGAUGAUAUAGAACACAUUUUAACAGAGAAGCAAAUUGGACAGUUGGUGAAUCCACACAGUUUUAUAGUGGACUUAUACGCCACAUUCAGCACCAAAAACCAGCUGUUUUUCAUCAUGGAGUUUGUGGCAGGAGGCAGUUUAAGAACCCACCUGAUGAGGAGCCAGCACUUUGAUCUACAGACAACCAAGUUCUACGCUGCUUGUAUAACGCUUGGUUUAGAAGGAAUUCACAGCAAGGACGUCAUACACAGAGAUUUAAAGCCGGGGAAUCUACUAAUGGAUCAAGACGGCUACAUCAAGAUCGCCGAUUUUGGGAUGAGCAAAACUGGCAUUGGAUAUGGAGACCGCACCAACACCAUGGUUGGGAGUCCUGCUUAUAUGGCGCCCGAAGUCGUGAUGGAGGAGGAGUACUCAAGAGCCGUCGACUGGUGGGCUCUUGGCGUCAUCGUUUAUGAGAUGCUCCUCGGAACGAGACCUUUCACCGGAUACGACAGGGACUUUAUAUAUGAUUCCAUCGUGGAGGAUGAGCCACACUACCCCUCAUCCCUGGACUCCGAAGCAGUAAGCUUCAUAUCACAGCUGUUGAAGAAGAAUCCUGAGGAGAGGCUAGGUUCCACCCCGGGGAAUGCCGCAGAUGUAGCAGAACAUCCAUUCUUUAAUGGCAUUGUCUGGGAUGAUAUUAUUGAGAAGAACGUAACAGCUCCGUUCGUGCCCAGCCUAAAUGGACCGGAGGAUGUGGAGUAUUUCGAUGAGGAGUUCACCAAACUGUCUGCGAAUCUGACCCAGCCCAAAGGACCCCCUGCUGAGAUGGCAAGCGAGAUCGAUGAAGCCUUUCUGGACUUUAACUAUGCAGCAUUUUAAGUCCAAAGGGGAUGAUGGGUAAGAAAAGACCUAAUUAAAAAUACAUGAAGC